AUGUGCCUCGAGUGCUCCGGUCGGCACCGCGGGCUGGGAGUUCACCUGAGCUUCGUGCGAUCCGUCACCAUGGAUUCCUGGUCCGAGAUCCAGUUGCGGAAAAUGGAGGUCGGCGGUAACGACGCGUGUAACUAUUUCUUCGCGCAGAACGGCGUGCCUAAAGACACCGACAUCUCGAUUAAGUACAGCUCGCCCGUCGCCGAAGCGUAUCGCGGGAAGAUCCAGGCGGCGGCGGAGGGAACAGGCCCGCCGCCUAAUGCGAACAUCGCAGGCGCACCACCCGCUCGCGCUCCCCCUCCCGCUGCUGCUUCUGCUGGAGCUGGGGGGGCGUCGUCAGCAGGCGGGUUCGGAUCAGACGACAGCUGGGCAAACUGGGGGGAUGGCGGGAGCGGCGGAGCCGGAUCCGCGCACUCUAGUCCCGCGAACACGCACGCGACGGCGGCGGCCCAGGGGAACAUGCGCAGGCACCAAUCGGAUAAUAGCAUGUAUGGAUCUGCCGCGGGGGCCGGCGCAGGGGCGCAGUGGGAAGGCGGAAGAGGCGGGGAGACCAGGCCCGGCGGCGGAGGCGGAGGGGGGAGUAAGCGGGGAGGAGCGAUGGGGCAGCAUACAGGGUCAGCGUCAGAUAUGUAUUCCAAAGAGCAGCUGGAGGCAUCGGCGGCGGAUAAGGACAACUUCUUUGCGCGCAAGCUGGCGGAGAACUCGCGGCGACCUGAGGGCGUUCCGCCGAGCCAGGGCGGCAAGUACGUGGGGUUCGGCAGCACGCCGAGCCGCGCGCCGAGCAAGCCGAGCGCGGGAGACGACGUGCUGGAGGACUCAAUUAAGGCGGUGUCGGAGGGGUUCCGUUCCAUCUCCAUGGUUGCCAUUGGCGCAGCCAGCUCGGCAGCGGCCGUGGUGCAAGAAAAGAUGCGCGAGGGGGGGUACGACCAGAAGGCCAAGGAGACGGCCACGGUGGUGGCAAGCCGCACGGCAGAGUUAGGCCAGAAGGCGUGGGGCUUCAUGCGCUCCGUCACUGAGAAGGCCGUGGAGGCUGUGGAGGGCGGGAUAGGCGGGGGCCUUGGUGGCCCAGGGAUUGGCGGUGGUGGAGGUGCAAGCAGCAAUGGGUAUGGUGCGUCUGAGUCCACUCAAGAAAGGAAGACGAGUGGAGGUAUUAGUGGUGGUGGUGGUGGUGGGAGCAAAGGGUUUGGCAAGUUUGAUGACAGUGCUCUCCAGGGCGGUGAGGGCUUUGGUGACUGGGACGACUGGAAAGACGAUGGUGAUGACUUUGGUGGUGCUAGCGGAGCCCCUGCUCCUGCUGCAGCACCAGUAUCAGGGCUCGCGCCUCCACCUGUGAAACCACCUGGCACUGCAGCUCCCUCUGCUGCAUACGCAAAGCCCUCCCAAUCCUCCUUCGAGGCCUCUUUGAUUUCCUUUGAUGAUGGACCGUCAGCUCCGGCAGGUGCACACACGGCUCCUGUGUCUUCUGCUGUGGACCCGUUAGCAGCUCUGAUGGGAGGGAGUGCUUCUGCUGCUGGCAUGGGCAGUGGGUUUGCUGGAUCAGCUGCAGGUGGCGGUGCGGCGUGGUCUGGGUUUGAUGCAUUUUCCUCAGGCCCUUCUGCUGCUGCAGAUCCGUGGCAGGGGGCUGGAUUUCAGUCCGCCCCUCCCGCUGCUGGAGCCGCAGGUGGUGUUUCGGCUUCAAAGCCAGCACAAGAUGAUGACUUCGAGGCAAACGCGAAAAUGGAGGCUUGCACUGCCGUUAAGGCCUGCUCUGCCUCUCUGGCACCGUGCCGCGGACAGCAGGUGUCGUCUGCUGCUAAGAUCGAACUGUCGACCUCGUUCCUGCCUGCACCCUCACGGAGCCAUGGCCUUAUGGCUGCCAGAAAAGCGGUCAGCAAGCCCCGCCGUGUAGUGUCGCCAUGCGCGAAGGUGCGGGAGAUUUUCAUGCCGGCGCUGAGCUCGACCAUGACCGAGGGCAAGAUUGUUGCCUGGUCGAAGAGCGAAGGCGAUCAGCUGUCGAAGGGUGAGAGCGUGGUGGUGGUGGAGUCGGAUAAGGCGGACAUGGAUGUCGAGACCUUCUACGAUGGGAUCCUUGCUGCCAUCCUCGUCGACGAGGGUGAGAUGGCUCCUGUGGGGUCAGCCAUUGCCGUGCUGGCUGAAUCCGAGGAAGAGGUUGAAGAGGCCAAGGCUACCGCAUUGAAGCUCAAGGCGGCAGCGGGCGGUCGCAUCGUGGCCACUCCCUAUGCUAAGAAGCUGGCAAAGGAGCUCAAGGUGAACCUGGCAACCGUUGUCGGAUCAGGCCCUCUGGGUCGCAUUGUCGCGGCUGACGUUGAAGCUGCUGCCGCAGCACCCGCAGCAGCAGCUGCCCCUGUUGCCGCUCCUGCCGCCGCUGCUGCUCCUGCUGCUGCGGCGCCGGCGGCUGCACCAGCAGGGCCGACGGUGGUGCCUGGGAGCACGGUGGCGUUCAGUGGCAUGCAGGCUGCAGUGGCGCGCAACAUGGAGGCGAGCCUCGCCGUGCCCACGUUCCGCGUGGGCUACACCAUCACCACUGACGCCCUCGACGCGCUCUACAAGCAGAUCAAGGGCAAGGGCGUGACGAUGACGGCGCUGCUGGCCAAGGCGGUGGCCAUGGCUCUGGCGCAGCACCCCACGGUGAACGCCAGCUGCCGGGACGGAGGCAGCUUCGUGUUCGCGCCCAGCAUCAACGUGUGUGUGGCCGUCGCCAUGGACGGCGGGCUCAUCACUCCUGUACUGCAGGACACGGAUAAGAUGGACAUCUACACGCUGUCCAAUAAGUGGCGUGAGCUGGUGCAGAAGGCCAGGGAAAAGAGACUUAGCCCUGCGGAAUACCAAACAGGAACCUUCACUCUUUCCAACCUUGGAAUGUACGGUGUGGAUCGCUUUGAUGCCAUUCUGCCACCCGGCCAGGGUGCCAUCAUGGCUGUUGGCGCUUCUCGCCCCAAGGUGGUGGCUCUGCCCAAUGGCAUGUUUGCUGUGCGGAGGCAGAUGCAGGUGAAUGUGACUGCUGACCAUCGGAUCAUCUAUGGUGCUGAUCUGGCAGCCUUCCUGCAAACGUUGGCUCAAAUCAUUGAGAAUCCGAAGGAUCUCACUUUCUAG